AUGGCGGAGCCCGACCUGACCAGCAGGACAGCUCACUUCCUGGACCGGAACCUGGGUUCUCCUCAGCUGGAGCUCCACUCAGUGAAGGAGAUCUACAAUUAGAAGGAAUUCCUUCAGGGAAAGCUGGACCUCCUCAGCGAGACAAACAUGGUGGACUUCACCAUGUUAGUCUAAAACCUGAACCCGGUCAAGGAAAUCCCACCCUCCCUGAAGGAGAAGAGGAGCUCUGAGAUGGAUCAGCUGAAGCAGCUCCAGUCAGAGACAGAGCCCAUUGUCCAGAUGUUUGAAGAUCCAGAGACAACACGGCAGAUGGAGUCCACGAGAGACGGGAGGAUGCUGUUUGACUACCUGUCAGAGAAACAUGAUGUGAGUUUGAGGUUUCUUGUCCCCCUUGUUGUUGUCUCUUAAUUUCGUCAAGAGUACGGUAACUACUCGAUCACUGAGUACCUGUACUUCCUCCGUGUCUUGGUAAGAAGUUCAGACAGGAACACCUUGAGCUCUCUGUGGGAACUGGCUUCUGGAAUCCUGAUGCAGAACUGGGAGGCAGCCAUGGAAGACCUCACUCGUUGAUAACAAUGUAAGACAGUGACCAAGUGUUCGCUCCAGUAGAGGACACGGCUCAUCCACUGGUCCCUCUUCGUCUUCUUCAACCCAAAAGGCCGAGACGACAUCAUCGAGCUCUUCCUCUACCAGCCUCAAUACCUGAAUGCCGUCCAGACAAUGUGCCCACACAUCCUGUGAUUCCUUUCGCCUGCAGUCAUCACCAACAGCCGGCAGGUCCUCAAGGACUUGGUGAAAGUCAUUCAACAGGUGAGAUACAUGUUCAAGGACCCGAUCUCAGAGUUCUUUGGGCUCCCAGAAGAAGCUCAGGGAGUGAACAACCUCUUUCUGGUCGCCGGCCUUGAGGACUUCAUUGAAAACGCCCGUCUCUUCAUCUUUGAGACCUUCAGUCGGAUUCAUCAGUGCCUCAGCAUCAGCGUGCUGCCAGACGAGCUCCACACGACGCCCGAGGAGGCGGAGCGGUGGAUCCUCAACCUCAUCCGAAACGCCAGGUUCGAUGCCGAGAUGGACUCCAAGCUGGUGAGGCGCUGCAGUCACUGA